CGAGGACCCCGUGGAGACAGUGGACCUGCCGGCGGUGCCCUCCCCGACGCCCCUGGAGGGGGGAGCGGCCAGCAGGCCGCCGGGCGGCCCUGGCCACAUGGUCGGCCACGGCCAGCGCGACACGCUGGCCGUGGCCGACGCCGGCGCCGGAGGCACCGACCGCAACAGCUCCACCGGGAACAAGAGCAGGCCGUCCGGUCCGUCCGAGCUCGACCCCGCCACCCAGGACACCACGGCAUCUCGGAUGUCCAAGCUCGGCACAUGGCUCUGGAAGUCGCUGAAGAGCGGGCCGACCCAGACGGCGCGCCACACGCUGUGGGGCAGGGUCAGCAGGAACGGCGGCGGGGAGCAGAGCAGCGGCCUCGCGACCAUGGUCACGAGCACACAGUUCGAGCUGACCAUGGCUGUCGUCAUCUUGACGAACGCGCUGUGCAUCUGCGCGGAGGCCCAGUACAACGGCAUGGAUUCCGGCUACCGCGCCGGAGUGGCGCCACGCGAGUCGCAGCCCGCUGACAUGGCCUGGCCUGGGGCCGCCGCCGUCUUCCUGGGGAUCGAGUGGUUCUAUGGGAUAUUGUUUACCUCGGAGCUCCUGCUCAAAAUAGUGGCCGUGCCGAGGAAGACCCUGAAGGACUCGUGGAGCCUGAUCGACGCCCUCGUUGUCGGUUUCUUCUGGAUCGAGGCGCUCUCGAGCGACCUCCCCUUCCCGCCGACCUUGAUCCGCUUGGCACGGAUGGCGCGGCUGCUGCGAUUCCUCAGGGUCGUGAAGACGAUCAGAGGUUUCGCCUCGCUCUACUUGAUGCUGCAGUCGAUCAAGGGGAGUGUGUCAGCCCUGGGGUGGUCCAGCGUCGUGCUGCUGUUGGGCGAGAUGAUGAUAGCGUUGUCGCUCAAUUUGUUUUUGAGUGAUUAUUGGGAAAGCGAUGAGUGGACCCAGCAGGAGAGGGAGAGGCUCUACGGGGCCGGCGGAUUUCGGCACUUUUUCCAAGUCGCUGCUGACAAUGAUCGAGAUGCUGCUGGGCAACUGGUUCACCAUCACACGCAUUCUCGUCCCCUUCAACGAGUUGUUCAUGCUUUUUGGCAUCUGCCAUCAGCUGGUCUUCGGGUUCGCAGUGAUCGAAGUUAUUUCGGGCGUGUUCCUCAACGAAACGUUCAAAGUCGCGGCCCUGGACGAUAGUAUCAUGAUGAACGAGGUCAGGAGAGCUGCGAAGGCGGAAAGUGCUAAACUGACAGAGUUCUUCAAGCAGGCAGACGUGGACGGUAGUGGACUGGUGGACCAGAGAGAACUCAUGAAGGUGAUGGAAAACAAGAAGGUGGAAGAGUGGUUGAGCGCUAUGGGUCUAGACAUGUCCGACAUCGAUACAGUAUUUCGCAUGUUGGACAAGGACGGUGAUGGGUAUCUCACACCAGAGGAGUUGGUGGAAGGCGCUGCCAUAAUGAAAAAGCCCGCAAGGGCGAUGGACCUCGUAGCUGUGCAAUCGGUACUAGAGGAUGUGAGCGCGCGCGUUGCUGCUUUGACAAAGUAGGCAACAGCCAACACCUCCAAUUUACGGGUAGUGGGCAGUAGUUCCCGCUUGGCACUACUAAGUAGUGUCGGGCAUGUGGGUUUUCCUUCGCUCGCUGACUCAUUUGGUAGACCGGUGUUUCGUCAAAAGACGCGGGCUAAUCCGAGUG